AUGCGGCGGAGGGGAUGCAUGUCCGAGCAAAGACAUCCCAGGCUGGGUGGUGCUACAGGCAUGCGGUGCUCACAUGUCCACCCAAGCAGGCAGUGCUGCUUGUACAAAGGCACAGCAGGAUCCCUGCCACGCCAGGUAUCAGGCCUGCCCCUUGGAACCCCCCGAGUACCACCCACCGCACCCCUGCUUCUCGCGCACAAACUCCUUGGAGGCGGCUUCGAUGACGUCGUAGAUCUCGUCGUUCUUCUCAAAGUCCCCAGCCCGCCUGGGGAGGAUGUGGAUGUGGACGUGUGGCACGGUCUGUCCUGCCUGGGGACCGUCCUGGAUGGUAAGGGUCAGGGAGCUCGCACCCAGGUGGGCUUCCAGCCGGCUGCUGACCUUCUGGGCGAGGUGCCUGCAGUUGGGCGGGGCCGCGGUGGCGCAGAGUGA